AUGCCAAGGCGCAAUCGAUCUCCGCCCUCUGGAGGCGGCCGCUAUGAAGACUUCUCAGUCAUCACACGUAAUUCCCUACUGCACGCGCUGGCCGACAACAACAAGCAACUGAGCAACGACAACAUCGAACACUUAAUGCAAGCUUACGACAGUCUGUCGACGUUUUCCGACGUCAAUCCAGCAUUGAUCCGCAUAGCUGCAGACCCAGCCAUCCAAGCUGUAAUAUUCUCCAACGGGACGAAAACUAUGGUGUCCAACUCGGUGUUGCGGUCCAAGGACCUCUUGCCGCACGCGAAUGUCUUCCAAGCUAUCGUCACGGUAGACGAAAUCCAGCAAUACAAGCCAUCGAAGGCAAGCUACGAGCAUCUAGCGAAACAGACAGGCCAAGACCCAUCGGAGAUGAACAAACUUUUGGCUGAUUAG